GAUUAAAAAAAAAUUAAGAAAAAAAAAUGAACAUCACAGAUGCAGUCGAAGACCCCCAGUGCUUCUGCAGUUGGAGCAGUGCUCCUGUGUAAUUUUCAUUGACCUCAAGACAUUCCCGUAUCUUUGCAUGAGCAACUUCUGUCCAGACUGCGGCAAAAGUAUCAAAACAGCAUUCAAAUUCUGCCCCUACUGCGGAAAGUCUUUGUCAGCAGUGGAGCCUGAAGGGUCCCAGACCUUUGUCAGUCCGCUUUCGUCAUCCUUCCAAGGCCCACGGAGAAAGAACGUCAGUUCUGAACUUUCUCCCAAGAAAGUGAAAUGGUCUGGCUCUGUCACUUCUCCUUCAUCAUCUCUCUUGUCAAACUAUGACAGUUCUGGAUCUGAAGAUACCCUGAGUCCCAAAGGGUCCCAGAGCACACCUCCAACCCCCAAAAGCAGCCCGCAGGCGAUGAGGAAAAGCCCACAGACGAGGAAAAGCCCGCAGACGAGGAAAAGCCCUCAAACACUGAAGAGGAGCCGUGUGACCACCUCGCUCGAGGCUUUGCCUGUGGGGACAGUGCUGAUAGACAAGAGUAGUCAACAUUGGAAGCUGGGAUCCCUCCAGAGCAGGAGCGACCAGGGCAUUCUCUAUGAAGCUGAGCCUGUCUCCACCUGUGAGUCAAGUGCCCAGAAGCAAAGAUUCUCGCUUAAACUAGAUGCCAAGGAUGGGCGCUUGUUCAAUGAGCAGAACUUCUUCCAGCGGGCUGCCAAGUCUGUGCAAGUGAACAAGUGGAAAAAGCGGUUCUCGACCCCCCUAUUGGCCAUCCCCACCUGUGUCGGUUUUGGCAUUCACCAGGACAGGUACAGGUUUUUAGUGUUCCCCAUGCUGGGAAGGAGCCUUCAGUUAGCCCUGGAUGACAACCCAAAACAUGUCAUGUCCAUGCGAUCCGUGUUCCAGAUGGCCUGCCGGCUGCUGGAUGCCCUGGAGUUCCUCCACGAGAAUGAGUAUGUUCACGGAAAUGUUACAGCUGAGAAUAUCUUUGUGAAUCCAGAGGACCUGAGUCAGGUGACCUUGGCAGGCUAUGGCUUUGCCUUCCGCUAUUCCCCAGGUGGCAAACACGUGGCCUACACGGAAGGCAGCAGGAGCCCACAUGACGGGGACCUGGAGUUCAUUAGCAUGGACCUGCACAAAGGAUGCGGGCCCUCCCGCCGCAGCGACCUCCAGACCCUGGGCUACUGUUUGCUGAAGUGGCUCUACGGGACCCUGCCGUGGACAAAAUGCCUUCCCAACACUGAGGAUAUCAUGAAGCUGAAACAGAGGUUCCUUGACAACCCGGAGGCCCUCGUGGGACAGUGCAGUUGCUGGGUGAGGCCCUCAGAGACCCUGCAGGAGUACCUGAAGGUGGUGAUGGCCCUCGCAUACGACGAGAAGCCUCCCUACGACGUGCUGAGGAAGAGUCUGGGAGCCCAGUUGCAGGAUCUGCGGGUGUCGGCCUAUGACCCCAUAGACCUCCAGAUGGUGCCAUAGAACUUUCAACUCCCACUGUGAAAUAGAAAAAGACAUGGGAAGAAGAAAUGUGACUACAGGCCUGCUGUAGAUAAGCUUCUAGAAAUUUCUCUCCAAUGUGCAUUUCCGCCACUUCUUUAGGCGUUGUUACUGUCUGUCUUGAUUAGUGUCAGGGAACCUGGCUGUUAGGCUCCAGGAAAUGUGAACAGUCUCCUUCCAGCUGCUGCUCCCUGACAGCCACCAUCAUUCACAGCCGCCGGGAUUGUGAGUGAAGACCCCCAACUCAGGGUUGAGCCGGCCCCUCAGUGGGACCCUUACUACCACUGGAACCACUAUGCUUUGGUAA